UCCACUGUUUCUGGUCGAAAACGGACAAUGCAUAAUCUCGCAAGAGGAUCACUAUUAGAGAAGGGAGCUUUCCACCUAUUCGCCAACAUUGUCGUUGAUAAAUGUUGACAUAUCGCCGGUCAACACCUGAGGCACCGCACAUGUCAAUGAAAACAAACAUCAACAAUUACGAUCAUGCUCACCUCUUGAGUCCGAACACUUCCUCGCCCAGGAUAGCAUCCUCAGGUGACACAGCCACGUGAAGGGAUCUCAACCAUGGCGGACACCCGAUGCGCCGACCCAGACUUGCAACUGGACGUGGACAUCAUGAUUCUAGAGUACACCCUCUACAAAGCAGUUCAAGCACAAUUCGACCUUGCCUCCAGUGGACACCAAGAUGAAGCCAAAGCCGUCGAAUCCACACGCAUCCUAUCCAUCUUCGACUCGUUCAUCCAGAUAUUCAAUCAAAUGCACCCAUCACACGUGAAAUCUCCGGACUUUUACACAAAUCUUGACAUUCUGGAAUUCCUGGUGCUACUGUCCAGUCGCUCAGCGAAGACCACUCCUUUCUCAGCAGACACGCCUAAAAAACUCCAUGACCAGACGAUGCGCAAUCUCGACUCCCGUCGCCAAUGGCUCGUUGCCCGGGAGCACUACGUCCAACGAAAUUUCGAGACCAGGAUGCAGCAGGACUUCGAAGAUCAAAUCUAUCAUGCAUGGACAAGCCGCCCUAUCUUCACGCAGACCGCAUCACAAUGCAAUGACCAGCCUUCUCUUUUCGACCUCCUAACCCGCUUCGUGAGCAUUUCAGCCGACUUCUCCGCACUGACUGGCCAGCACCCCAACGACAAAUGGAUGGAAAUAGCCUGUGAGUUCAUACUGCAGGCCAGUAUGGAAGCAUUGCAGUCUCGCCUUGGCGCCGGUAUCUAUGAAAAGACUCAACCCGGACUAGACGACUGUUUCGCAUGGGGUUACAUUUCCGAUGACCUCCUCUACGCGGACGACGAACAGACAGAGUUACUUAAUGACCUCUUCCGCAAUCCGGAGACUGGAACCACCGAAGGCCCACGCUGGACCAAUCUCCGAGCGCAAUAUCUCUCGGAAUUGUCUAUCGCGUUCGACGUCUCGGCGCAGUCGCAGGCCUGUCGCCUUGACCGGCUGGCGAACAAGUACCCGCUCGCAAGCUAUCAGGAGGGUCUGGUGUCCUUCAUGGCCAGCCUCUGGAAUAUAUAUUGCGAGCAGUUAGGCGGAAAGCCUGUGCUCUUGCAGAUUGAGGAAGGGCAUCUCAAGACCCUUGGGCUCGAGGGGAGGGAGUUUGAUGAGUUUAUGGUCAGAGUCGGGUUGAAGGACGGUGAAGGUGGGAUUCUAAAUUUGCAUUUGGGUAUGGAUUUGGAUUGUGUCCAACGAGGCCCCCGGGGUGCAGCCACAAGGUGAUCCCAGGACACGGGUCAGGCCGAGUAUAUAGCACACAGUACAGCUUCAUGUAACAAGACCAAGG